CUUACUACAGGCACUCACUCAAGUUGCACGUGACUCAUAACAUAACGGUAGACAUAGCGUGCGGAUUCCGGAACCCGGGUACGGUACUAGUAGUGCAGCAACUUGACUCAAGUUGAUGUACUCUGCCCCCUUUCUCAAAGCCUCCAAAGACCGCUAAGCUACUAUUUAAAGUCAGUCCACUUAUGACUUCCAUGCCACUCAAGGAGUUUUUGUUGCAAAAACUGGUCACGUUCGUGAAACAUCUCAAGCUCUUAAAGUUAUCAGUGAUUCAGUGCAUUCACCGACAUGUCCUCACACUCCUCCGCCGACUACUACAUAAGAUGUCGCACGAGUCCGACAGUCAUUUACCUGGACAAAGACUACGCGUUGAUAGAAUUCUGGGAGCUAUACAGCCCACUGUUGGGGACACCCAGAACCACUCGCAGACUCCAGUGACGACGCUUGCUGUGCGCUCUCCCGAGAGCGGAUAUGCAACUCCCUUCCAACAAUUUGUUGGGAGUCCUUUGGCAUUCCCAUCAGUUCAGGUGUCAAUGCCUCGGCCUUACCCUGUUCAGACAUCUUCAGCAGUACCCAACGUCCGUCAAUCAGCAGCGAUUAGGCUUGAGCCAAUCAUUGCAUCACAAAUUGCUAGGUACCACAGGAAUAUUACUCAAAGUAAGGGUUUCCGUGUGCUCGAGGUUGGCCCGGGGCUGGACAAUUUUACGGAACCCUCGACGAACAUCGCCAACUGGUUGCAGCUCACUCAUCCUGAGGGCGCGCGCUUCUUCUUCAACCCCCUUCAGAGAGUCUUCACCGAUCAGAAUAUUUUGAAGGAUGGCCUUGCACUUGAGAUACUCGCUGCGGCCGAGCAAGCGAAUAAAAUGGCAGCAGAGGCCGGCAUGGUUUGCGCGACAAUGGAGCUUGCUGUCGAAAAGCUCCCCAACGAUAACUUUGGGUAUUAUUUUGUAGACCAUGAUGCACGGGUUAUCUUCUGGCCCGAGCCUGUCCAAUCUAGGGAGCUUAUGCACCAUGUACGAGGCGUUGUUGAGAAGAGUCACGUCGGGUAUGCACUGGAGGCGCAAUAUUGGAAACAUUGCACCCUGUUCCCGAACAUGCGUGCUCUCCCCGAACAGGUAGUGGACCACUUCCGAGAUAUCAUUACUUAUGCUCAUGCCGAAUCAAUCACGUCUCAAACUUCGCUUUCUCCCUUCGACUUGGAUGAGCUCACAAACAUGCUCAGUGUUGUUGAUCACGUAAAAGAUAACGUUAACAAAGUCAACGAGCAUUCUGUCUGUAUCGUGGCUCGAUACAUGAAUAUGUUCGUCCGAGCAAAAUUUGUCAACUUCUGUGGACAGCUUGGUGCCCGUCUUGAUGCUGAUCAAUCGCUAUACGAUAGUAAUAUCGAGAAGUCCAAGCCCAUCUUAUUUCGUGUUUUGAACGUUGCACUGUUCAACUCCCCCACCAUCCACAGCGAAUCCAUUCACAACGUCUGGGUGGACAACACCGUGGUCCAACCUAGGUGGAAGAAAUUCAUCACCCAAUUAAAUAGCGAAUGGAGCAGCUUCACUGUGUUUUCGACUGUGAUGCUCGCUGUGGAUGUCAGCUUCCUCGCGAUUCCCGGAGUAGAUGAUCCCUCCAUUCAGUCAAAACCAGCUACAACGAUCGUCAUUUACCUGUCCACGCUUUGCGCAAUGGGCUCACUUGUGAUUUCCCUUGUCCUAGCAGGUCAAGUCAGCGACAAUAGACGGAGCUCUGCUGGUAGUGUGGCGACUUUCAUGGACUCGAUGUCCCAAUCACUCCUUGGUAUCGAGAGCCUUGCCUUCAUGCUCAGCCUGCCAUUUGCUCUCCUUAUCUGGGGAAUGAUUUUCUUUGCAAUCGGACUCUCGAUUCUCAUCUUCUAUACUACCGAUAUCGUUGCAUUGACCGUUGUCGUUCCCAUAUGGGCGGUCGUGCUCCUCCUCACGACGUGGCCAGUCCUAGCAGCCAAUAACUUGCAUGUUUCGGUUAUUGCUGUGCGGGCCGCCAAGUACUGGAAAUCCAUGAUGAAACACAUGGUCGUCAUCCGAAGGCAAUGAUUGAGUUUCCUUUAUUCAUUUUGUGGAUGGGAGGUUUUCUUCUUGACACUCACACGAAUCUCACUCCAUAUGAUAUUUACUUGUACUAGUCUGUUCUCUCUUUGUAUUCUGACGCCAUGGCGUUGUAUAUGUCAUAGUUACUUUACACUGCAGUUGUUCUCGAGCAGUGCUAAUGUGACCAGUGCCAGAC